AUGGCGACCUCUUCUACCAUCUCAUACACUGCCAACCUGAUGAAGUACAUGGCCCUCGACCAGAAGGGAAGUGCGAUGGCAGAGUACAUCUGGAUUGACUCGACUGGUGGUGUUCGUUCCAAGUCCAAGACCCUUACCAGCAUCCCAGAGAGCGGCGAGUUCAAGGUCGAGGACCUCCCCGAGUGGAACUUCGACGGCUCUUCGACUGGUCAAGCUCCAGGCGAUAACUCCGACGUCUACCUCCGCCCCGUCGCCCUCUACCCUGACCCCUUCCGUGGUGCUCCCAACAUCUUGGUUAUCACUGAGUGCUGGGAUCCCGAUGGAACCCCCAACAAGUACAACUACCGCCAUGAGGCUGCUAAGCUCAUGGAGGCCCACAAGUCGCACAAGCCCUGGUUCGGACUUGAGCAAGAGUACACCCUUCUUGACCAAUACGACCAACCAUACGGCUGGCCACGAGGAGGCUUCCCAGGACCUCAGGGACCAUACUACUGUGGUGUCGGUACUGGCAAGGUGUACUGCAGAGAUAUUGUUGAGGCUCAUUACAAGGCUUGCUUGUUCGCAGGCGUGAAGAUCUCCGGUACAAAUGCCGAGGUUAUGCCAGCUCAGUGGGAGUUCCAGGUUGGUCCUUGUGAGGGUAUUGAGUUGGGUGAUCAACUUUGGCUCGCUCGGUUCCUACUCGCUCGCAUUGCCGAGGAGUUCGGCGCCAAGAUCUCCCUCCACCCGAAGCCUAUUCCAGGUGAUUGGAACGGAGCCGGUCUUCACAGCAACUUCUCGAGCGAGGAGAUGCGCAAACCUGGAGGCAUGAAGCACAUCGAGGCCGCUAUCAAGAAGCUCGAGGGCCGCCACAAGGAGCACAUUGCCGUCUACGGAGAGGACAACACCAUGCGUCUUACCGGCUUGCACGAGACUGGGAACAUCGAUAGCUUCACAUAUGGUGUCGCCAACCGUGGCUGCUCUAUCCGUAUUCCCAGAGAGUGUGGCCACAAGGGUUACGGUUACUUUGAGGACAGACGACCAGCUUCCAAUGCAGAUCCAUACCAGAUCACUGGCAUUUUGAUGGAGACCAUCUUUGGUGCUGUCGAAUAG